AUGUCGAACCAUUUUUAUAGCCGCCCUAGCAACGGAUUAUCUGAUUCCUCCACUGCGCCAGGACCUGUUGCCCAUUCUCCCGAAGAGUUAUUCCAGUGCAUGUGGGGUUAUCCGCACGGGUUACACUGCAACGACUUGAUUCGUGGUACCGAUUUGCCUAAUCACCUACGUGAAAUUCACGAAAUUCGCGGGAAAGAGAGUGCGCGCGCCGAGUGCAAAUGGAACCAUUGUGGUCGGGAGUUCAACAUUGGGAGCCUUUGCGAGCAUGUGGAAGAAAUGCACAUGGGGAUUGCAUACUUCUGCGACUGCGGCAGCAAGUUCUCGCGCAGGGACACUCUUAGCAAUCAUAAGAAGAAUUGCUCAGGUUAG